AUGCCCACAGUCACGAUCAAAGACGACGGAGAGCUGAUGCAGCUCGCAUCAUCAAUCCACACAGCUGCCGCCAACAUCAAGGCCUUUUGCGAAACUGAAGGUCUCCAGCAGCCAUCCUCGUCUUUGGUUCCAAAGGUGCCACGGACCCUCCACAACGCGCCGUAUUUCGAGGACAGGGAUGCGCUCCUCGCCGCGGCCGAGCAGCUCAUCCGUCUGGUCCGUGGACCGAGGGAGCAUUUGAUCGCUCUGAGCUUUGAGCACAACGCGACGGCCUCUCUGCAAAUUAUUAUGAAGUACAGUCUGGCCAGGCACGUGCCGCUCAAAGGCACCACUACAUACGGCGCCAUCGCCCAAGCAGUGGGCAAAAAGGAGGUUACGCCGGCGCUGGUUGGGCGGGUCCUCGAACACGCUGCGACUUUCGACCUGUUCGAUGUUAGGAGCGGCGGCGUCGUGUCGCACAAUAUCACCUCGUCUCUCCUCGUCACCGAUCCCGACCUCGAAUCCUGGAUGGAAAUCAACGCCACAGUGGCCUACCCCGCUGGUGCAGCCAUUGUAAAAGCCUUGGAGACGUACGGUUAUAGCCCGGAGGUAGAUGAGGCUCCGUUUGGAGUUUCGAUCGGACGCAAGAUUGGUCAAUUUGAGCAAUACCGAGAGCCGAGGGCGGACGGGAAACGAUACCACGAAAUCUUUGCCCGUGCCAUGAAGGGCAUCGGCGCCGAGGGCAAUUACGAUUACCAGCACGUCGUUGACGGCGGCUACCCUUGGCACGAGCUGGAAAAGGGUGCUGGUCACCUGGUGGUGGAUAUCGGCGGCGGAACGGGCCACGUUUCGGUGGCCGUUGCCAAAAGAUACAGAGGCCUCAGGUUCGAAGUCCAGGACCUCCCAGAGACCAUCGAGAUGGGCGAGCAGCUGUGCCCGGUGGAGCUGAAGGACCGAAUCAAGUUCCGCCCCAACGACUUUAUGACGCCGCAAACCCCACGACGGGAUGUCCAGGACGAGGGCGUUGCGUAUUUUUGCCGUUGGAUCCUCCACGAUUGGAGUGACAAGUAUGCGAGCAAGAUCCUGCAGGGACUCGUGUGUGCUCUCCGACCACAAGACCGAAUUAUUAUCAACGAGGUCCUUGUCCCCGAACCUGGGACGGACCGCCACAAGGCGCGAAGGGUGCAUGAUGGCGACUUGCUAAUGUAUAUGAACCUCAACGGGCGCGAGCGAAAUAUUGGAGCGUUUGAGGAACUGGGCAAAUCCGUGACUCCUCAGUUGAGAGUGCACAGAGUUCACCACCUGACGCAGGGUGCGCUUUCCAUCAUUGAGAUGGUCCGGGUCGACUCUACUUUGUAG